AUGCUCAUCUUCUCCUUCUUCAAGACCCUCACCGACCAGGUGAUCACGGUCGAGCUCAAGAACGAUCUGUGCAUUACCGGCACGCUUAAGAGUGUUGACCAGUUCCUCAACAUUCGUCUAGACGGCAUCCGUGUCGAAGACCCCGAGAGGCAUCCCCACAUGCUCGCGGUCAAGAAUGUAUUCAUCCGUGGCUCGGUCGUGCGCUAUGUCCGUAUGGCUGCCCGUGCAGUCGACACGACACUGCUGGAGGACGCGACCCGCCGUGAGGCCCACAACACGGGCAAGUAA